AUGUCAGACACUAGACGUCAGAUGUCAGACACCAGCCGCCAGACAGCAGACGCCAGAUGUAAGACACAAGACGUCAUCUCAGACAGCAGACGCCAGAUGUCAGACACCAGACGUCAUAUGUCAGACACCAGACACACUAGAAGCCAGAUGUCAGACACUAGACGUCAGAUGUCAGACAGCAGACGCCAGAUGUCAGACACUAGACGCCAGAUGUCAGACACAGGCGCCAGACAACAGACGCCAGAUAUCAGAUGUCAGACGCCAGAUGUCAGACACCAGACGCCAGAUGUCAAGCAGCAGACUCCAAGUGUAAGACACAAGACGUCAGAUACGCCAGAUGUCAAGCAGCAGACGCCAGAUGUAAGACACAAGACGUCAGAUGUCAGGUACCAGACGCCAGAUGUCAGACACUGGACGCCAGAUGUCAGACACGGAGUGCCAGAUGCCAGACACAAGACGCCAGAUGUCAGACACUAG